AUGCUUGAUGGCGGUGAGGAGCCACUGGAUUUUGAUCUGGACUCCCAGGCGUUCGACUGGAAGGCAUGGAAGGAAGGGACGGAGGACCUCGCAAAGGUGAGUGAGGAGGAGCUAUGGGCUCACCUCGGGUUCGGGGAGAAGAAGCAGCUGCCGCUCUUUCAAGAGUGGUAUGAUCCGUCGGGGAUGAUUGAGCCGUGGUCGGAGGAGGGUGUGGCCUGGCUCGAGAAUCCCCAGUCGGGGCGUGCGCGGCUGCAGCCGAAGUGGCACCAGCUGGUGGGCAUCUUCAGGAUGCUCCAGCAUCUCUUUGAAGGCCGCGCGGUGCUGCUGAUGGACGGUGUAGGGCUGGGGAAGACUUUGCAGUCUGUCGGAGUGCUGGCGUGCCUGGUAUACUACCGGGAGCAUUAUCGGCAGAAGAAUGAUUAUCCUGGG